CGACCUUUUCAAAUAAAAGAAUCGAAUAUUCUUAGCUUGGGAAGAAUCAUCCAAUCUUCGGUCGACCGAUACCUGCAGAAGGAAUACCAUUCUCACAAACAAAGGCACGACGCACGAAACGAAACGAAACAAAGCCGUUGAACACAACUGCCAUGGGAGAUCGUGAAGACAAACUCCCCCUACCCAAGGGAUGGAUCCGCACGUUUUCCAACAGCCAAAAGCGCUACUACUAUUCCCACAGUGAAACCAAGCACACACAGUGGCACUUUCCAACGGCGAGCGAGGCAAACGAUCCUUGGAUGGCGAAGCGACGCGCCGAAACUAACCGCUCAUCCCAGCAGCAGCAGCCCGCAAAGAAGAAACAACGAACCGAGAAAGGGGCUGCUGUUGCCUCRCUCUCCGACGUUGAUGCACUUCUGGACGUGGCCGAUACGACCAGCGUAGCGAUYAUCGUUCCCUUCCGGGACCUACACAAGGAACAAAAGCGAUCGGAGCACCUCUCGAAAUUCAUUCCGCACAUGAUCCGGUUCCUGGGAAACCUCAAGACCACCGAGCGGCGGAUCAGCGACUAUCACGUCUACAUCGUGGAGCAGUCCGACGACGGCCGCAAGUUCAACCGGGGAAAGCUCCUCAACAUUGGCUUUGACAUUGCCCGCAAGCACAAGGGGAGGAACGGUCAGAAGCAUGAUGUGUUUAUUUUCCACGACGUCGACCUGCUGCCCUCUAAACAACUCAACGAAGCUUAUUCCAAGUUUCCAACGGUCCCUCACCACAUUGCCCGGUGCUGGGACCGGUAUUCGAACAACCCAAAGUACUUUGGGGGGAUUGUCAGUUUUUCGUCCUCUGACUACAAGCGCAUUAACGGCUAUCCGAACACCUUCUGGGGAUGGUGAGUAUGAUUGAUUGGACCUUAUUACGUGGYAUUUAAUACCGCACUCUGGAUGUUUCGCAUGGAUCCUUUAGUUAUCGGAAUUGAAACCGACUCUCAUCCGUUCUUGUUGUUUAUGCGAAUAUUUCCGUGCCAUACCAUAACAAAGGGGCGGCGAGGACGACGARCUUCAGUUGCGAUGCAACGCUCUKGGGAUCAAGUGGGAUUUCCCGCGGCUCUCCUCCUCAGCGUCGUCGUCUUCCACGCCACCGAUCACGGAUCUGGAGGGCAUGACGCUGAAGGAAAAACUCAAAUUUCUCAAGUCGCACCGGGAAUGGAAGUGCAUGGUCAAGUGGGAGGCCCUGGAGGAACACGAGAAAAACUGGAAGACCAACGGCCUGGCCGACCUCCAGUACAAGGUCCUAAAGACCACGCCCCUGGAUAGCAAGGAUGCCUCGAAGGCUAAGGCGACCAAGAUCACGGUCGAUGUCAAGCUCAAUCCGAACAACCACUGGGCGAACGAUAAAUGUGGAGUCGAAUAUAUGGGUUGAUAGCACGACAACGAUGGUUCAUGUGCUAUCCUUGAAGCGAGACUUAAAGAGGAAAGAACGAUGGUGGUAGUUGAAGAAUUUCCCAACUGGAUUGGACGUACAUAGGGAUUCAAGGCAUGGCAAGUGAAUCGUUCGAGGAARMAUAUUUGAGGUGCAGGGGAGCUGCUAGCCACUCAGCCGAGAGACAAUGAAAAAGACUAACAAUACAAUAUUAUACUUAAC